AUGGUGGUCCUCUGUGGAGUACCCCAGCUUCAGGAGUGGACAGCAAGGAGCCCCCGGCGCCAGCUCUGCACGGGAGUUGGCCGCCCCCUCUCUCUCCUGGCUCUGCGGCCACCGCUGCUCCAGGGAGCCAUGUCUUCGCCGCCCCCACCGCCCGCCGGGCUGGUCCAGAAGCUCUUCGGGUACAUCGACCACCACCAGGACGAGUUUGUGCAGACACUCAAGGAGUGGGUGGCCGUUGAGAGUGACUCGGUCCGGCCUGUGCCCCGCCUCAGAGGAGAGCUGCUCAGAAUGACGGCCCUGGCCGCAGCGGCGCUCCGGCGCCUGGGCGCCCGCGUGGACCUCGUGGACGUGGGCUCUCAGCAGCUGCCCGACGGUCAGACUCUGCCGAUGCCGCCCGUCAUCCUGGCUGAGCUGGGGGACGAGCCGCGGAAGCCCACCGUGUGCUUCUACGGCCACCUGGACGUGCAGCCCGCGGCGCAGGCCGACGGCUGGCUCACCGCCCCGUUCGAGCUGACGGAGGUGGACGGGAAGCUGUACGGACGAGGAGCGACAGACAACAAAGGCCCUGUCUUGGCGUGGAUUCACGCUGUGAGCGCCUUCCGGGCCCUGGAGGAAGACCUCCCCGUGAACGUCAAGUUCGUCCUUGAAGGCAUGGAAGAAGCCGGGUCUGUGGGCCUGGAGGACCUUGUCCGGAGAGAGAAGGACGGGUUCUUCGCCCACGUGGACUGCAUCGUGAUUUCCGACAACCUGUGGCUCAGCCAGAGGCCGGCGCUGGUUUACGGGACGCGAGGGAACAGCUACUUCACGGUGGAGGUGAGAUGCAGAGAUCAGGAUUUUCACUCGGGAACCUUUGGCGGCAUCCUCCACGAGCCGAUGGCCGACCUGGUGGCUCUCCUGGGGAGCCUCACGGACGCCUCCGGCCGCAUCCUGGUCCCCGGCAUCUACGACCACGUGGCUCCCGUCACGGAGGAGGAGAGAGAGCUGUAUGCAGCCGCCGACCUGGACCUGGCCGAGUUCCGGCGCAGCGCCCAGGUGGAGAGGUUCCUGUUUGACACCAAGGAGGAGAUUCUGAUGCACCUGUGGAGGUACCCGUCUCUCUCCAUCCACGGGAUCGAGGGUGCGUUUGCUGAGCCCGGGACCAAAACCGUCGUCCCUGGCCGAGUCACCGGCAAGUUCUCCAUCCGGCUGGUGCCCCACAUGGAGACACCGGUGGUGGAGAGACAGGUGGAGCGGCAUCUCCGGCGCGUCUUCUCGGAGAGAAAUAGUCCCAACCAGCUGGCCGUCUCCAUGGUGCUGGGGCUGCGCCCCUGGAUCGCAGACGUUAGGGACAGUCAGUACCUCGCGGCCAGAAGGGCCAUCGAGACAGUGUUUGGCACGGAGCCGGACCUGAUCCGGGACGGGUCGACCAUCCCAGUUGCCCGGAUGUUCCAGGACGCUCUCCAGAAGAGGGUGCUGAUGCUCCCGCUGGGCGCCGUGGACGACGGCGAGCACUCACAGAACGAGAAGAUCAACAGGCAGAACUACAUAGAGGGAUCCAAAUUAUUUGCUGCCUUUUUCCUGGAGAUGGCUCAGCUGCACGGACAGUGACAGGACUGUCCAGCUUAGCUCUGACCGACGGCCAGAUCCCCCCUCCCACGACCUGGACAGGAGUGGAAUAGAAAUAUCCAGAACAUGUUGGACCAGUAAAGAAUGUUUCCCCUCCCAUUUAAAACAUCUCUGGGUGUUCGGACCAAUGCUGUAAUACCUUAAAGGCACAGGCACUGGGAAUGGUUUAAUGUCCAUGUUGUGCGUCCUUCUACAGUCACAGCUGCCUGCACGAACUUGACCUCCCCGAGUUCAGCCACGGUGGCCCAGGAUAGACUCGGUCUGCCCUUCCAGCUCUGGGGCGGUCCUUUGACUGGACUCUCCCCUCACAACAGCUGGCCUGGUCACCGUGGCUUGCGUUUCUGGGUCAGCAGGACGCACAGCGCAUGGUCACUCCAUCCAGGGGCGGUCAGUGGUCAGCGCUCGCCCCGCCCCUGCAUGUACCACCCCCUCCUUUCACCUUGAACACGAAAACGCCGGCCCCCACCGCUGACCACCAUCAUUUCCCUGUGGGGGCACUUUUACAGGAGGCACCGGAGCCUGAGACCAUCUUAGCCUCUUGCUUCCCCUUCGUUCAGUUUUUCCUGUUCCAGAAAGUUCUGAACCAGAAAUGACUGAUAUCCACCAUAUCCUCAGACCACUUGUCAUUCCUUGGGUGAAAAUGAGUAUAUUUUACCCGAAGCCUCUUUACCUUAGUUGGGAUGGAUGCCGCCCAACCACCCCACCCCUCCUGGUUUCUGUUCUUCCUUCCUCUCCACCCAUGAAGGCCCACGCUUGCUCGCUCGCUCUCCCCGCCCCCACCCCCAAGGUCUGUGCAGGGGUGAGUCCCCCACAGCAGAGGCAACCCCAGGGAGAAGUUUGCUCAGCCCGCCUGCCGGAAUCUGACUCUACGGCUUCAUCUCCGUUGCCCAAAGCUUUUAACAGCACCCGCGUGAGACAGCCCUAAUCAACCCGACGCCAGUGUCAAGGUCUCUAUUUACAGCCCUCAGCUGGCGAGCGCUCAUUAAUCACGGCAGCUCACCGUGGGGUUGGGCUUGAUUGGCUUUGAUGGUGUAAACACACAAACAAACGGGAACGUAAUUUUCCUAAGGCUGAGUGUAUGUAAACAAAUCAGUUCAGUCUCUGUGACUUCGUUAUCUAAAUCACAUUAAUGGGAAGGAAUUUAAGGGUUUAUUAAAAACGUGUCUCUGGUGGUUCCCAAUAACAACAAAGCGUGACUC